GGAAAUGAAAAGCUCAAGUGGGAGGUUGCGAUUUGAGAAGGCCUUUGCAUCAGCGUAGUUGGACGGGCUGAUAAUAGAGUCAACUCAAACUCACAACACUCGCUCACUUUUCCCUUGCUUCUCCACUUCAUCCCUUGAGUUUCACGUCUUCUCUGGAUUAUUGUUUUUUUUUGAUGCCGUAAAUUACUGUGAAGGACUGAUAGAGGGAUCUCCAAGGAAAUCUGUCUUGGCUCAAUCUUUAUUGAUACUUUUGAAAAGGUGCUGUUACCUGGGAGGAAUAAUUCAGAUGGAAUAAUGUCUUCAUACGGGAAUAGAAGAUCCUGGCUUCCAGCUUUUUUUGUUGCCACUCUGAUUCUUGUCUCUCUUGGUUAUGCUGAAUCCAACCAAGGCAGAAGACCGGCAGAGUCGUCCUCAUGCUAUGGAGGCUUUGACCUCUACUUUGUCCUGGACAAAUCUGGGAGUGUGAUGGACCACUGGACUGAAAUCUACCAUUUUGUGGAGCACUUAGCUCAUAGAUUUAUAAGCCCACAAUUGAGGAUGUCAUUUAUUGUGUUCUCCACUGAAGGGAACAUUUUAAUGAGCCUGACAGAGGACAGAGAACGUAUCCGGAAAGGUCUUGAGGAGCUCAAGGAGGUUCUUCCAGGAGGAGACACCUUCAUGCAUGAGGGCAUCCUCAGGGCCAGUGAGCAAAUAUACUAUGGAAACACAGAAGGUUACCGCACCGCCAGUGUUAUUAUAGCUCUGACAGAUGGAGAGCUGCAUGAAGAUCGCUUCUACUAUGCUGAGAGAGAGGCCAAUCGCUCUCGGACCCUGGGGGCCACCGUUUACUGUGUUGGGGUAAAGGACUUCAAUGAGACUCAGCUGGCGAAGAUUGCUGACAGUAAGGACCACGUGUUCCCUGUCAACGAUGGAUUUGAGGCUUUACAAGGGGUCAUUGAUUCUAUCCUGAAAAAGUCUUGCAUUGAGAUUCUGGCAGCUGAACCCUCCAGUAUCUGUGCAGGAGAGUCAUUCCAGGUUGUAGUGAGAGGAAAUGGAUUCCUCCAUGCCCGCAAUGUUGAUAAGGUCCUAUGCAGCUUUCGCAUUAACGACACACUUACUAAAAUGGUGAAACCUUUGAUAGUGGAGGAUACCUAUCUUCUCUGCCAGGCACCUGUGCUCCAGGAUGAGGGAAUGGCAGCAAAUCUUUAUGUCAGUAUGAAUGAAGGUCUCAGUUUCAUCUCCAGUUCAGUCACCAUUACAACUGUGAGCUGCUCUGGUGGAACUAUUUUGGCCUUCACUCUGCUCAUCCUCAUGCUGCUCCUCAUCUUGGCGUUCCUGUGGUGGUUCUGGCCCCUCUGCUGCACUGUUAUCAUCCACGAGCCGCCGCCACCUACUGUGGAGGAGAGUUCGGAUGAUGAGGACGAUGACACGCCAAAGAAGAAAUGGCCUACAGUCGAUGCUUCCUACUACGGAGGACGGGGUGUUGGGGGAAUCAAAAGGAUGGAGGUUCGCUGGGGUGAAAAAGGCUCUACUGAAGAAGGAGCAAAGCUGGAGAAGGCCAAAAAUGCCAAAGUGAAGAUGCCUGAGCAGGAGUUUGUUCAGUCCCCUAUGCGCGUUCUCAACAAUGGCAUGCAAAAACCCCUGGGAACCCACAAGUGGUACUCUCCCAUCCAGAACAAACUGGAUGCAUUGUGGGACCUUUUGAGAAAAGGCUACAACCGCGUUUCUGUCAUGAGACCUCAUCCAGGUGACAAGGGCAGAUGCAUGAACUUUAUCCGUAUGAAGUCGGCGCCCCCUCGUUACCCCCACUACAACGCAUCGCCUAUCUACACCCCUCCCAGCAGGAGUCCACCUGCGCCACAGAGCACUCUCCCGCCAAUCCCAGGGGGGCCACCGUCCCCACCCCAUUUCUUCGCGACCCUGCCCCUCCUUCCUUCGACGCCCUCUGACACGUCACCCUCCCCUCCUUCAACUCCUCCCUAUUACACCCCCCCACCCAAACGGGCUCUUCCUCCCACUUCCUUGCACAUACCGACCGCGCCCGACCGGCUGCCCACCCCGCCGCCGCCCUUGUCUCCUUCUGGCACCCUGCCCCCCUUACCUUUAGGUCCCGCCCCUGGGCGAGCCCCACCGCCUGCCCGGCCCCCACCACGCCCCGGCCUGUAGUUUACAAGUUGAGAGUCCCAGCAAGAAUUCAUGACCAUGUUUGAUUGUGUCUGCGGGAAAGCGAAGCCCAACGGGCUGCGGCCCACCUUGUAAAGACGACAACAAGGAGCUGCUUUCUGCUAUUUGUCUACACUGACUUUGUACACAUCUAGCCCGAUGGAUGCUUGAAUCAUUGACAUGUAAUCAAAUAUCCAGCAGAAAGAUGAUGGACCCACAGGGAAGUCUGCUAUUCUACACGCGAAAAUGGCUCCAACUGAAUGUCAGAUUUCUAUGAUACGGAACAAAUCAUGUCAUAGCUUUUAUUAUCCCAACAUUGCUACUUGAUGUGGCAAGUUUUUUUUGUGAGACGUUUGCCCCCAUAUCUAAGUCGGAACUUGAACGUCACAUGAUUUUGGGCAAAUUAAUCAGCAACCUUCAAGUUAGUUAAUGUUGAUUUCUAUCUCACAUUCACAUGCCGGAGUGGAGACUAAACAGUUUUUCAGCAUCCUCGCAGGAGCAUGAUGUGAGUCACAGCUGGCCUGCUAAAUUCCAUGUCACAGUAAACAGUCAGGACUUGGACAUGACAUUUGGCACAUUCGUGAGCACUGAUGUUCAGCUCUUCUAUCGCAGACGCUCCUGUCAAUAUGUGGCGAAAGACAGGCCACAAUCGAGGGAGAGCUUUGAAUCCUUAACAUGUUUUUUUUUUUUUACUGUUAUUUUGUUAAUAUGUUUUUUUUGUUUUUGUUUUUUUAAAGAUGUGCCGUGCCUCAACUAAUCGCCAUAAAUUUGAAUUGUCCAUUACAUCUUUUGUUCUGGAUAAGGGGGAGCUGGCGCCUAUUCUACCGUAUUGGCCCAAAUAUAAGACGGCCCUGAUUAUAAGACGACCCCCUCUUUUUCAAGAUUCAAGUUUGAAAAAAGAUUUUUUUGAACACCAAAUUUAUUUUUACACAGAAAAUAAUUACAGUUCAUCCGAAACAAAUGAUUAUAACAAUAUAUUUGAGAGAAAAAGCAUGUUAUUUUGCCUCAUUUAAAUCUUAAAGGGAUCCUCUAUUUUUAAGACAAGUAAUUCUUAAAAGAUAAAUGUUAGUAUGAGUUAUAAUAGUUUGAUAUUAAAACCCCUUUUAAUGUUUUUGUUUUAAUAAAGUUUGUAAAAUUAUUUUAAGUGAUAGGUCGCCAUUCUUGUUACGUCGCAGUGCGUGACGUCACCGGUCCCGUUGCCGAAAUUCUAGCAUGUCACUCAUUAGCUUUCCCAACAUGUCGUAUGUUCUACCCUUCCUAUUUGAACCAGAUCUGAAAAGUGAAGAGCAGGACCGCACUGUCAGUCGUUCACAAGACGAGCUUCAGGUGAAAAUGCUUGCAGCAAAUACCCGAUAAGACAAAAGUUGAGCAAAACUGGUGAUGCGAGAGUGUAUGCUGUUUGGAACUCCGGUUGGGAGCGAGAGUGUAUGCUGUUUGGAACUCCGGUUUUAUUAGCAGAUAUUCAAGGUAAGCAUAUUGCGUUUUCAAACUUAUCCCAAUAUAAUUAUGUAGAUUGUUAGCAUCCAGAGCUGUCCAGUGCUUUACAUACAGUACAGGCCAAAGAGCACACCUUGUGUAAUCCAUGUACAUUAUAACGCGUGGUAGCUAGGAUACGUGUAUAAAAGUGCCAAAAAGGGGAGAAGCUUCCACUUAUGCACAUUUAUUCACUAAAAAUAAUAAUUCCACCUUGACCAUUCACUUCAUUCCCCUUGUUUCCAUUUGACUGGAAAUUGCAUCCAAAAGCAGCACAUCGUGGCAUUUAACUUCGCGAGUUUAGGCAGUAAUAAGCAAUUGUUGAACACGCUACACAUUUGGAAAGAUCCCAAUUACGUCAUCACUGUGAGCCUGCAAACCAUGGCGCCAACUAACGGUCAAAAUAUAGACUAAAUAUUAUAAAAUAUUGCCAUUGAUUUAACAUUUUAUGUGUUUCUGACAACAUAUUUUAGUACAAGAGAACAAUUGUGGUUUAUUAGAGCCUACAUGUAUUUAAGUUAGACGAUCACUUUAAUAUCUGAACAUUUAAAUAUGUAAACUAAAGUGUAAUCACAUUCGUAAAUGAAUGGCUUCUGGUUUUUGAAAUGUAAAUAAACCAAUGUAUUGUGAUAAAACAACAAAAUUGCAAUAACUGCGUUAACCAUCAAAGUGAAUUCUAACAGUAAAUGUAGUCUUGAAACAAAUCUGAAUAAGGAUUAAACUUGAGAGUAGCUGAGAUCUGUCAUGACAGAACAUCGCUUCAAUGAUAUCUGGCGCCAUCUAGCAUCGUGAAUGGGUAUAAUGUCUAGACCGCGAAUAUAAGAUGACCCCUUCUUUUUCCAGUAUUAUUUCAAUGCAAAAAACACCGUCUUCUAUUCGGGCCAAUGCGGUAUUUAAGUAGUUAAUCCCUGUACGUCCUGGACUGGUCACCGCACAAUCACUGGUUGAAUAUAUACAAUGAGGUUUGCGCUCCCAUUCGUGCUGAAAAGUCAACAACAGGAAAACGACACAGGAAUAGAAAUUCUAUAUCCUAUUGAGUUCCUGGACUAUAAUGCCCCUUUCAAACGUACCUGAACACUGUUUGAAUCCCGGGAUUUAACACUAAAACUACCAAGGGUGGAUCAGUUGAUACAAAUCACUUUUGUAACCAGAGAAGGAUCAUCUGACCCUAAUCAGCAUAACUUUUUUGAGCAUUAUGGUCCACAUUAGUCAUUUCCAUUCACACUCGCAAAACCACAGGGUUGGAUUGCUCCAACUAGCAUCUUGAGUUUUUGUGGGGGGAGGGCUGCCUUGGCUUUGUUGGACAGGGGACCACUCAGGCAGGCAAUCGGGCGGACAACCUUCUUACAUAUUCGAAAAGCUGCAGUUUGCUUACAGUACAAGGGACAGUGUAAUAAAAAACGAAACAUUUUUUAUGUGGUGACAUAUGACACUUUGCCCUUUUCCCGGGGCUAGGUGUUGGAGCAAUUCCUUCUGCGCCCUAUUUGCGCCCACAUGAGAGUGAGCCAAUUCCUUUGCAAGACCCACCAAGAAGUCUACCCGUCUCUUUUAUAUUCAAGAUGUUGAUUGCAGCUAUCCAGAGUGAACCCCCACCCCUUCACACCUAGGCAGCGACUCCACAGGAGUGUGUAGGGUUGGCCUGUUUGAUUGCUUGUUUGAGUGGUCCAUUGUUUGACUAAGUCCAGUAGUCAGUUUGGUUUCGAGGUCAUUUGACCCCUUUCUGAUAUUUUUUAUAGCCAAAAAAACCCGGGACUUCCAGUGUUAAAGGGUGUUCAGGUAUGUGUGAAUGGGGCAGUAUAGUCCAGGAACUACGGUAGUAUAUAAAUCCCGGGAUUUAAACGGGUAGCCCUUACAGUCCCUUUCACACAUACCUGAACUGGGAUUUAAACAGGUAGCCCUUAUGCGUGAAAGCAAUUUCCCAGGUAGACUGAAAUUGAGAUGACACAGAUAUUUACCGGGUCACGUCCUAGCCAGUGUUUUUGGCAGCAAUUUUAAUUUCCGUUUUAGUCUUUUGGACAAAAAUACUUAUUAGUCAGUCAUAUUUUAGUCAUUUCAAAAUGUUUUCGUCUUUGCCUAGUUUUAGUUGACAGUUCUCAAAGUGUUUUUGUCUAUAAACUUCAAAAGUUUUAGUCCAUGAAUAAAUAACUAAAUACAAGAACAUGACAGACGAGCACAUAACUGUAGUCUACAAGGCCAUUUUCAUGAUGAUAAUACACACUCAGCAGGAAAACGUUAUUUGCAAUGAAUUAAACUCACCUGGACCCUAUGAACUGUAUGUAAAAUGUUUUCCAAAAGUUUAAGAAGUCACUGCGGUAAAUGCUAAUGCUAACGUGAACGCUAAUGCUAACGUGAAUACUAUGCUAUUGUUACAAGUUACUUUAGUGUGUGUUACUUUACUUUAGUGUGUGAUGAUCACUCAGCACAGACCAUUAAAGGCUAAAGAAACUUGGCAUACCUAGCCAAGAUAAGAAAGCAAAACUUACCAAGCGGCACCUGACACAUAUGUUUCACAAAUGGAGCAUGGAAUGGGAACAGGCUUACUCACCAGCCGGCGCAGCACGUCACAUGAGUGACAUGAUCAAACAACUGCUAAAUACAUGCUAACUACACAUAUAAAAAAAAACACACAUUGUGAAUUCAUGACGGAAACUAUGGCAAAUUUGCAUCCCGUUCUCGUGUCGUCAGACGACAACUGGCAUCCGUCUCGUUAUGUUUUAGUCUCCCAAGACCCAUUUUCAGCGCGUCAUCGUGACGUCACCGUAAUGAAAAAAUUGUUCGUUGCCGAAAUAUUUUCGUUAUCGUCAUCGUUGACGAAAUCAACACUGGUCCUAGUAUAAUGUCCGGGACGCGCAUGUGUGAAAGCAGGCGUUUAAUUCCCACGUCACAGCGCGAAGGCUGAUUACAUAAAUAUCAUGGCGGGUUGAUUGUCAUUUCCUCUUUCUUUGCAGCGGUCAGACGAAAAGCGGUACACAAACAUUGCAGUUAUCAACAUGGCAAUCUGGAAAUAGCAAAAUUAAACUGGAAACAACAAAAUUAAAUUGCUACUGGAUCGUACAGCCAAGGAAGAGACAGUCCAUCGACCAUCUUUGGAAAUGUGUGGUUUAUUUUAUUCCCGUUGCCGACCAAAAAUGAUGUAAUGUCCAGGUUAUAAAACAGCGCCAGCCGGCCUUCCUGCACAAAGAGCGCAGAGUCGCCAACAAGGGACAAGUCUGAAAGUAUUGACCCUGGGUUAUGCCCAGGAUAUCUCCCAGUGUCUGAAAGCCAUGACGCGGGUAAAUCCUGCAUCACCUUACACGGGAAUUUACCACAAUGUAAGUCUGAAAGGGCUUUAAGUCACACUUUUUUCACAAGCUGGCUGAGCCUACAACUAGGGUUGGGCAUUCGAGCAUCGAUGGGAUCCGGGACUAAAACUCCAGUUCUCCCGGAACCAUUCGAAUUUUUAAAUUUUGAUUCCAAGUUCUGACUGCCAACCGGACAAAAUAGCAGCCGAACACCACGCAGAAGAAGCCACAUGAAGACUAGAUCAGUUAUGAGCAAAUCAUAUGAAGUGGCUAAUUUAAAUUCGCACAUAAACCUGUUCCUUCGCUUCACAUGUGUGACAACAAAGUAACAGAAUAAACACACCGAAAUGAUAUCAGACCCUCUGUUAAAACGUGCAAGCUUACAGAUUUUGUUUUAUUAUGGGUUCCCAACGAUGUGUAGUGCAGAGGAGGUGUGUCGUGUCCGUACACUUUAAAGAUUCUUUUCCAACUGAAGUUAUUUUUGCCUGCUGCUUCCAGUAAGUCACCACUAGGGGAAGCCAAGCGCACAUAGCAAAACCAAAGAAAAACUGUACAGUCCGGAGUUACAAUAGUGACAUCUUGUGGACGGAUUAACCAUAUAUCAGUUUAGAAAGAAAUCAAAAUUAAAAAGUAGUCUACUUAGGAUCAAGGGACAAAACACUCACCGUCAGCCCUUAACGAACUGAUACUUGUAGAAAAACUUGUAGUAAAAAUUUUUUUGAUCCUACCUAUUAAAAGAAUCAGAAUCAAAGAUCGUUUGAAACCGGAAUCGAAACGUGGAAUCGGAAUCAUUCAAAUUCAAACGAAGCACCAACCCCACCUGGAACUUAUACACUCUCUUGCACUCUUGUGUCCUUUGCUUCCAGAGUUGGCUGAGUUGUUCAGAAGUGGUUAAAGACUUCAAUGGAUUUUGUAGUGACUUGGAGUGAGAGUUUGGUAAACAAGUUAUAUUGUGUUGUUUAGGCUGUUGUUUUAUGAAUAACUGAUACAGUAGUACCUCUACUUAGGAAUGUCUCUACAUACAGAAUUUUCAGGUUACGACACACCUCAACGGGAAAAUAUUGCCUCUUGUUUCAGAAGAAACUUCAGGAUACGUUAGGCAAAAAUACAGUACGUGCUGCUACUCAUAGCUCCCAGAGUUUACUGAACGUAACGUGCUUAUAGCUGCUCUGCCAUUGGCUAUUGCCUGGCAUCCCGGGAUCCAAUUGGCCAAGAGGGACUUCUACUGUAUGUGCAUAUGUGUAUCCCAGCAUCUUCUUCAUUCGCAGCUUGGGCCAUGACAUGUUCUGACAGCUUUACUUUAGUGUGUUAACUUUCAUUCUUCUAUAAGUUUUUUGCAUAAUGCACAAUAUGUUACAUGUUUUGAUGCUUUUUUUUAUGCUUUAUAAAAGAUUUAUGUCUGGAUUUUGGGGCGCCUGGAUGGAUUAAGGCAUUUACAUGGAAAAUGCAUCUCUACUUACAGAUUUUUCUUCCAGAACCAAUUAAUUUCUUAAGUAGAGGUACCACUGUAAUAGGUUACGUUAACAAACAGUGUAUUUAGCCGGUUGUUCUUAAUUUUAUUGUUAUUACUAUACUGUAUAAUAUUUGUUUUUGGUCUCUGAUAAAAUAAAAAUCCUCCCCCCCCAAAGUAAAUAAGAGUCAUACUGUAGUGCGAGUUAUGUUUUGUUUUUCCUCUUCAUUGUGCAUUUAUACAGGUGUGAUUUAUAAUCAGCUGUAGGCAUGUGCCGGUAUGAUAUUCUGACGGUAUGAUAACCUUAAGCCAAAAUAUGACGGUAUCACGGUAUUGCAAUUAUAGUUCUAAAAUGUGUUAGUUUAAGAUAUCUGAGUUUAUUAAAAAAAAAUCCAUUGAACAGGAUUUUUAUUUUUCAGAACAUAUAAGCAAAUUGGAACAUAUCGUAUUGGCCCGCAUAUAAGACGGCCCUGAUUAUAAGACGACCCCCUCUUUUUCA